AUGCUAUCCCAUCCUCUGGAUCAUGCUGAUCGUAUCAUUAUUUGUAUUCAUUAUGGCCUUGUGGAAGUGGAAGGCUGCUGGGGAUGCUCCCCUCUUGCUUGCUGCUUUCUGUGCCCAUACAGAAAGAGAGACAGAGGAAGUGCCAACACAGAAGUAAUCAGGAAAAUUCUAGAGUUUGGAACUUCCACACGUCUUCACAGCACACAAGGAUGCAGAAGAGAAGAGACUGUGAGAGAAGAACCCCCCACGAGGACAGGGACAAGAGGCAGCAGGUCCAAAAAAUGCUCCUGCGGAUCAUCAGCCAGAGGGGCUCCUUUGGCUGAGGACAUCAACCCCUGUAAUUGCAGGAGGGAGCCCACCAGGACACACAGUCAGAGCAGCAGCUGCAGCUCUCUGCUCACUACUCAGCCAUCCUUGCUUGGAAGCUCUGUUGCCAUCUUCAACGGAGAGGACACAGUGGCUGUCCUGAUCCCUGAAGGCAGGGACCUGGGCCUGGCCCAUCAUGUUUUGCUGCCAACCUCUGUUGUGCACCAUCAUGGCAGCACUGAGCAGCCCUGCCUCGCCAACCAUCACACCCAUCACUCACAGCAACUACACAGUGGUGUGCUGUCAGUGCUGUGUAGGCUGGAAACAGGUGACAUCGCAGUGCAGUGCAAACUAAGGUGGUGGCAAAAAAUUAUGUGCAUUUUGAUACAUUGGCUGAACACUGUCCUGCAAAGACCGAAAAACAUGCAGUUGUGCUUUCUGUUUUGAUAAAGGAAUUUUUAGAACAGGUUUCAAGAGUGUCAGAAAAAUCAAUUUUUUUUUGGUAUAUUUGCAACUCCAUUUUCAGUCAGUAUAAAUACAUUACCUGCGAUUUUUCAAAUGGAAUAUUUAGAGUUGCAAUCAGAUAUUCAGUGCAAAGAAAAAUGUGACCUUGUCUCUUUACCAGAUUUUUAUAAGCCCUCUUUUACCAGAUAAAGAUAUCUCACAUUUCACAAUCAUUAUUCAUGUCAUCAUUUUUUUGGCAGUACGCACAUUUGUGAGCAACUGUUUUCAAGGAUGAAGUACAAGAAGAGUAAGAUUUCAUCAAAAAUCUCUGAUAAGCACCAUGAGACCUCACUGAGAAUUGCACCCACUGCCAUCAAAUCAGACUGAUGUGUUAGUUUCACUGAAACAAGGUCACAUAUCCCACUAGCUAUAUGGUUUUGUUGCUCUUUUUAAAAAUGCCUUAAUAAAAAAUAUU